AUGGGGAGAAUUAAGAAGGUGGCUAGCCAAAAACAUGAGGCUACAAUUUCACCAUUUCUUGCGGAAUUCAUAGGUCAAGCCACAAGCCUUCCCGUACCCGAGCUCCCUACUCUUCUGAACACAUUCCCGAAAUUAUGGCCGUUUCCUCGAGGCGAUCUUUAUCAUUGGAUCAAUGUCUUAGAUCGAUUCGAUGAAGUCCUGGCUUCCGUCAUUGAGAAAUACUUCCUCAAUACCGGCCCCCAAACACAAUCUUUCAAACGGAGCGUUUUGGAAGAAUCAUAUGCGGCUGAUCCGAGCAAAUCGCCAGCGGAGGGUACUGGUGCCAAGCUGGAUGCCCUGGGAUAUGGGCCCGAGGGUGACCGUGAGCUGGUGGAGGCGAUCUUGAACUUUUCGCGACUAUUGCUUGAGAAAUGUGGAAAUCGCAGUCUCUAUAGCAGUAGUGAGCGUUUAGGAGAUCUCUUGAACACUACCUCUUUGUCUCUCCUCCAGUCUUCCUUACGGUUGGCGCUUUGCCUUGCUCAACGGUACCACUCACGUCAGCGGGGCUCUCACCAGCAAAGCAUGCUGGCUACCCAUUAUAGCCUUGACUUGGAAAAACUCCAAAAAAUCGCUUCACCCUUUCCUCGUCCGUUCAUCGCCAGCAAAGCCCCAUUCGCUGUCUCCCCGGCUGUUCAAACAAAGGGCAAAGAGAAAGCGGUGCAGACUAAGCUCAAUGCCAAUGAACUAGUUUCCCUCGUGCGUGAUAAUGAUGGCUGGGAAGAAUGGGGCCAUGUUCGCGUUCUUUACUACCCCUCUGGCUCCUCGGAGCAACCCAGAACGACCUCGGAGUUGGGUCAGGGCGAACAGGGAUCUCAUGCUCCAUCCACACCCACACCACUUCGUCGUAGCGCAACCCAUCCCGCUCCACGUUUCAGCCAAGGCCAAAGCGGAGAAGACUCGCCAGUCGGCAACCAAAAUACAAGCGGCAAGGGUGAAGAAGCAUCUCGCGGAGGCAAAAUUCUAGAUCUACCACAUGCAAAGAUUUUGUCCGCCAAGCCCGAAGAUAUCCUUGCGACUAAUCUACCUAACCUACCUCUUGAGUCGAAAUACGAGCUGCUUCACAAAGUUCGUGUCGCGCAAGCACUGUCCGGAUCGCCUGAGACCCGUGAGCAGAUUCUUGCAAUCCGCAUUCUCGCUGUGACCAACCUGGCAUACGUGCAUCCCGAGUCAGCAUUCCAGCAGAAGGUUCUUCAGUAUGACUUGGAACAGUCGAAACGCCUUCAAUUAACUUUUCAGCUGGCCGAGCUUGUGCAUCUAGGUGCCAGUGGUGAUCUUUCUGUCUCGCGGAAUCUUCAGACGCUGGCAAUUCAUACGUUGGAUGCGCUAGCCAAAUAUAAAUCUCGCGCUGUUGAUGUCUGUGCAGCGUUGAGCGUCAAUGUUAAUCAUGGUGUUUUGAUGUUCUUAACUCGCAAGGUCGUCAAUGAGCUGGCCGCUGAAGAUGAUGCUACUGAUAAUUCUUAUCAUGAUGAGUGGCGGGAUGCGCUACUUGCACUUCUGCGCACACUUCCCAGUUCGAGCUCACGGACUCCGGAGACACUAGUUGCUGCUGGUCUCAUCCCUAUGUUCGUUGAUAUUCUUAAACUCCGCACUGAGAAAUCUCGCCGCGUCUAUUCUAGAGUAAUGGAGUUCCUUGAUACCUUCGUUCACGCGGUUCGGGACGCACUGGGUACAUUGACUGCUGCUAAGGGCUUUGAUGCCAUCUCUGAUUUGAUCGAUCAUGAGACUAAAACCGCCUUCGAGCAUGUCUCUCGUGGAGCUGGCUUCCCUUCUCAAUACAAGAAUCCGUCCAUCGAUUAUCAAAUACCCUAUUUCCAGCAGCAAACUUUGCGGUGGAUGUUUCGAUUUGUGAAUCAUAUCAUGCAACACAAUGGCGGAGGCUUCGAUCGUGUUUUGCGAAAUCUGAUAGAUUCACCUCAGCUCCUAACUUCCUUGCGGCUAGUCUUUGAAAAUUCCCGGAUCUUCGGUUCGCACGUUUGGAGUAAUGCUGUGAACAUUUUAAGUAGCUUCAUUCACAAUGAGCCUACAAGUUAUGCGGUUAUUGCCGAAGCAGGUCUUAGCCGAAGUCUCCUUGCUGCCGUGAUGGGCCGCGAGCUUCAAGUCCAAGAAAAGCCACCUGCUGUGGAGCCAGAGGAUGCUGAUGAGGGUGAGUCCUCGGCUGAAGCGCCUUCUGCUGCACCGGCUUCACCUAGCGAAGACAAGAAAGAAACUCGUGAAUACUUCAUGGCUCGUCAGCCUGGGACAAGUCUUGCCCCCGGAAUUAUUCCUGCUGCCGAUGCCCUUGCCUGUAUUCCCUCCGCUUUCGGUGCCAUUUGCUUGAAUGCCUCUGGUCUAGACCUUUUCGAGUCCUCAGACGCCCUUGAGAGCUUUUUCGAGAUCUUUGAACAUCCAGAACACGUUAAAUGUCUCAAGGAUGACCCCAAUCUCGUUCGUUCGCUGGGAACGGCAUUUGAUGAACUAGUGCGGCACCACCCAAAGCUAAAGACGGUCAUCAUGUCUGCUGUAAUUGUCAUGGCUGCUCGUGUGAGCCUGCUUGCGAAAACCAAGGCAUGGCACUCAGGACUUGGAUCCAAAUUGUGGACAGAUAGCUCUGAAAACAAGGCCAUUCUCUCAGGACCCGUUGCUGAUCUAUUCCGCGAUAUCGGUGUUGAUGUCAAUGCUUCGAUGGAAGAUCCACUGACAAUCGGUGUCCCUCAGCUCAAUGCUCAUGAUCUUCCCAAUGGUUGUAAACUUCUCGUAGGCGAUGUGAGCCAGCUUCUUCCUUCGCCAGAAAGCGACUUCGAGCCGAAAGAUCAAGAUGAGCAUGGUCUUACAGUGGCUGAUUAUCUCUUCCCGGCCAUUCGAUUCCUCGGCGCCUUCUUUGAGAACCAGCCCAACUGCACAUCCUUCAUCCAGGCCGGCGGUGCUGAAUUUGUAUUGGAUUACGCAACUCUUCAGAGUCUGCCCUAUGGCUUCCACGGCACUGACCCUAACCAAGAGCUCACAGUACUCGUGCACAUGCUCGCAGAGACCAAGCCGCACGUCAUUAUCCCAUCUAUAAUUCAGCGAGCACAGUCAGCUGUUGACAGACUCUCCGCCUUCUGGGCCACGCCAAAGGAGUCCGGGUUUUUUACAUCUUUCACUAGACCAACUGACUCUAAAUCGCCGGCCCCAGAGCCAACAGAGGCUUUGGCCCAUGGAACAUUCUUUGUAAAGAACCUGAAUGCCGUUCUCGUUCUCACAGAUAUGCUUCGUGAAAUUUACGCCAUGCCCCUCUACCAAAAUCGUUCCGCUCAGCAGGCCUCUCCAUUCGGUCAGGUCAACCUUGCUGAUCUUUAUUGUACACUGAUCUCGUCGCUCGGUAGCCUUCAGGCGGCAUGUGUAUGGGAGGCAAUCGUGAAUGAAAAGAACAAUCCAGAUCUCUGGACACAAGGGAAGCAGCCCGUCACCAAGCCUGGAUCUGACAAACCUACAGUUCCUGGGGCUGGAGCUUCCCAGGGUCUCUUGGAGGGUUCAACUCCCGGACAACAGCAAGAAAAUUCCGGCGCCCCUGAGGCUUCGAACGCCUCAACUGCUCAAGAGCCCGAGGGUGGUGCCAAAAAGGUUGACGAGGACAGCUCCGCUUUCAAGAAUGUGCAAAUCCUUCGGUACCUUCUGGGUGCACUCCCACUCACGAUCACAGGCUUCAUGCAUAACCUGGGCCUUGGUCUGAUUGGCAAGCGACGUGGGGACCCCUAUCAGAAGGGCAAGCAAAAUGCCAAUAUGGUGGCUGAAGCCAUUGCUGAGUCAGUUCUAUGCGGUCUUCAGCUCAGUGCUCCCAACUCAGGUGCUAGCUCGAAAUACCGUUUCCCAUAUCUCAUCGUCAUCCUCUCUCAAUUUUCACACCUUCUCUACGAAGCUGGCGGUGAUCGCCCACAACCAAACUACCUAACCCUUGUACUUGUUGCGUUCAAGCGCAACAACGGUCUAAAGGUGCUGAAGGACAUGUGCGAGAUUUUCAUGCAGGAAGUCCAAGCUCUCAAACCGUUAGAUCAAGGUGCCGAGACCGAGAAAGAAGUUGCCGAACAAAUCACUGCUGCCUAUGGUGGAAUCAAAAUUAUUCUCGCUAUUUUCACCGAACUUGCUGCAGGAAAAAGCGUUGUGGAGUCAAGCCAGACGCAAGCGUUGACCAGCAACCACGACCGUGAUCGCGGACGCCCCGAUUACUUCCAGCCUGGUCAGUUCCAAGUCGAUCUCCGUAUGGAAAUUUUGCCCAUGGCCCAGGAGAUGUGGAACUCAGACUUCGCAACUCAGUCUCAAAGCCUUAUUGUCAAGUUCUUGGUUGAUAUUCUUCGCUCUUCCAUGGACGGAGAAUAUGAGACUGGUGCCGCUGUUAGAUCCGACAUCCCUCCCGCUGUGGCAGAGGUACCACGGAAGCCAUUCGUUGUCAACAAGGAUCGCGAAGCGGCUCUAAGAGAAAAGUGCUUUGAGGAUGCUGACUUGAACAAGGAGGCCCUUUACCGCUGCAAUAACAUCUUGAAUGCCGCCGAGGAGUACUGCAAGGCUCAAAGAUGGCUUCGAGCACCACCACGGCUUCCACCUCGCCCUACUGACAUUCAAACUGGAAGCCCAGAGAACGCGUCUGGCGGAGAAGCCCCCGAGGAUGCAGUUGGUGGUGAUUCUACGCCUUUCAAUAGCGGUUAUCUUGAGCGUUCUGCUCUCGCUAUGCUUCUUGCUCAGGCGACUGGGCGUCCAGUUGAUGACCCUACGAACCCCAGCCCGGAUGAUGGAGGGGAUGUAGAUUCUUUCAUGCGCGAUGGUUUGGCUAGAGCACUUGGUACGGUUCCCCAAGAUGGUGAAGAUGUAAACGCCGAUGAACGUGGCGAAUCGUCGCAUCCCGAACGCCGUCCCUCUACCCAAGGCGUCCCAGAGUCCAGCAAUCAAACACAAGAACCCGUUCGCCUCCGUAACCUGGUUACGGUGGAGGACCUUGAUGCUGAACGAGAGAAGGUUCGAUCUAACCUGAUUGAACGCUGUUUGGAUGUCCUCAAUGUUCAUCAUGAUGUAUCCUUCGAGCUCGCCGAUCUUAUUUCCUCUUCUAUCAAGAAGCAUACAGAGCCGGAAAGCUUUCGCCGAGAAAUUGGGGAGACUCUUGUCCAGUCUCUUGUUUCCCUGCAGAUGGAGAAUUUCCAAACCGCUGGCAAGAAGGUUGCUGCCUACGCUCAUAUCCUUGCCCUGGUUCUUCAAGACCAAGAAAUGUACAAGGCAACCCUGGAGGAACUCAAGGAUUGCUUUUCAACCUUCCUAGGUUUCAUCAAACUCCCUCCUGCAGAACAGCCGUCUAAUGAAUCUUUCCCUUGGAUCGGCCAAGUGCUUCUCAUAAUAGAAAAGCUCUUAUCUGAUGAUUGUCAGCCUCCUCUAAUUUCUUGGAAUGCACCAAAUCCCGAUAACCCAACUGAUACGAAUGAUGAGCAACCUGCGCGACUUGAAGACCCCCUUGUCUCUUUGGAGGAAAAGACUCAUCUCUUUGAGGCCUUGGUCGAGAUUCUGCCUCGUGUAGGUAAAGAUGAAACACUGGCACUUUCCGUCUGUCGCAUUCUCGUCAUUGUCACGCGUGAACGUAGCAUUGCUGCUCGUUUUGGGGAGAAACGUAACCUGCAGCGCCUCUUUGUCAUGGUCAAACAACUGGCUAGCGCGACAAACGACAAGCUUCAAAGUGCAUUUAUGUUGAUCCUCCGUCAUAUUGUCGAAGACGAAGCUACUGUACGACAGAUCAUGCGCAGCGAGAUCGUGUCCAACUUUGCGAACAAAACAUCUCGUCAAAUUGAUACAACCGGUUAUGUGCGCCAAAUGUAUCAUCUUGUUCUGCGUGCGCCUGAUAUCUUUGUUGAGGUGACAAAUGAAAAGCUCAAACUAUCAAGAUAUGAAACUCAUCAGCGCCCACAAGCCCUAGCGCUGAAGGUCGAUCCACGACUCAGUGCUCGGCAAGCACAGGAUUCGGGCAAUGGCGAGAGUACCAGCAAAAAUGACUCUGUCACAGGCGAAGCAUCCGCUUCCGAUGACAAGGAGAAAGACAAGAGCAAGAGCGCUGAGCACAAAGCACCAAUUGUCGAAAAUCCAGAUGGCGUUAUCCACUACCUUCUCUCGGAAUUGCUGUCAUAUAAGGAUGUUGAUGAUAAAGAGGCUGCGCCUGAAACCUCUGAUCAGUCAUCUACUGAUCAGCCUGAAGGUCAAGCACAGCCUGACGUUGAAAUGUCUACCGACGAGCCCACUCCUUCAGUGUCAAGCAGUGCCGAUACUCAGCCACCAUCCAACUCUACCCCCACGUCUGUCAAGAAGGGUGAGAAGCCACCCUUCAAUGCUGAAGAGCAUCCAAUCUAUAUCUACCGGUGCUUUUUGCUUCAGUGCCUUACUGAACUUCUGUCCUCCUACAACCGCACCAAAGUCGAAUUCAUCAACUUCUCAAGGAAAGCUGACCCUCUUGCCACAACCCCUUCGAAGCCUCGCUCUGGAAUUCUCAACUACCUACUGAAUGUUCUCGUUCCCCUUGGAACUAUGGACCAUGACGAUACUCUGGUUUUCAAGAAGCGCAGUAUCACCUCAACAUGGACCAUGCAGGUUCUUGUUGCCCUGUGCACGAAGACUGGCGAGCAUGGCGGUACUCAUAGACGGCGUGCGGAUAUGAAGGUCCCCGAAGAGGACGAGCCAGAUCUUGCGUUUGUUAGAAGAUUUGUAUUAGAGCAUGCGCUGCGAUCUUACAAGGAUGCCAUGGCUUCCACUGAGCCCCUGGAUGCUAAAUAUUCUAAACUUAUGUGCCUCGCUGACCUUUUCGACAAGAUGCUCAGCGGUUACUCCUACUCUCAAGAUGCAGGGUUCCCAUCUUCGACUAGACAGCUUGCCAGGACCAUGUUCGAAAAACACUUUAUACCGGCCCUCACGGCUUCUGUUGCGGAUAUCGAUCUCAACUUCCCAUCUUCAAAGCGUGUCAUCAAGUAUAUCUUGCGUCCUCUGAACAAGCUAACUCAAACUGCCGUGAUUCUGAGCGAGAACUCCGAUAUCACAAAUCUGGGCGAAGGCGAUGAUGACGAAAUCUCGUCCGCUACCUCGGUUUCAGACAUGGAGGAUGAACGUGAGGAAACACCAGAUCUUUUCCGACACUCUACCUUGGGCAUGCUUGAGCCUCGUCACGAUGAAGAGGAGUCUAGCACCGAGGAAUCGGAGGGUGAGGACGACGAGAUGUACGAGGAUGAGUAUGAUGAUGAGAUGGACUAUGAUGAAGAAGUUGUGGAGGAUGACGGUGAAGUUGUCAGCGAUGAAGAUGAGGAUGCCGGAGGCAUGGGUCCUAUCGAAGGACUUUCCGGUGAUGCUGUCGAAGUUAUCAUCGAUGACGAAGCUGACGAGGAUGAUGAGGAUGAAGAAGAUGAUCAUUCUGAUAUGGAGGAUGAUGAUAUGUAUGCUGACGAAAUCACUGGAGAUCAUGAUAACGAGAGUCUCGGUGAAGGAGAUGAAGGCGAAUGGGAGAGUGAAGAAAUGACCGAGGAUGAAGAAGAAGCCGAAAUGAUGAACCAAUUCGAAGAAGAAAUGGCCGAUAUUCGUCAGUCCAACCAUCAAAACUCUGGUCACCGUAUGGACGAUCUCUUCCGUGUUCUCAAUGAUGCCACUGCAGGUGGUGUCGACGAUAUGCAUGGAGAUGGUCUUGGAGGAGACAUUCAUGAUGAGAUUCUAGAUGAAUUGAAUGAUGAAGGAGGUGCGUUUCACUUAUUGACGCGCGUUCGCUCUCUUCUUCGCAGCUUGCUGACUUCACACCCAGAAGAAGACGAAGAAAUGGACGAGAUAGACGAUGAAAUGGAUGACUACGAUGACUAUGACAUGGAACACGGCUCUGACGGAGAAAUGGAUGGUAAUUGGAAUCCCUCCCUCUCCCAGCUGGUAGAAGAUUUACUUACGAUGCACCUUCAAGAUGACGAUCUCCUCGAGCCUUGGGGCUGGGAAGGCGACGAUGCUCCACUACCCCGACCCCAUCACCACCAUCGCUUUCGUGGUGGAGCGCCACCGGCCUGGGCCACUGUCACUGAAAUCAUGCCUGGUCGCCACGGUGGUCUCAUGCCCGUCCAACCUUACCCUCGUGUACACCGCACCCAGAUGCCGAGCCGUGGGAAUGACGACGGAACUAAUCCUCUUCUGAUGCGUAAUGAUGGUGCAGGUGAUGCUUCUGCUCAACGUCUUGGAUCAGGCGCCAAUGAUCCAUUCACUGGUGAAUGGGGUCAAGUUGAAGGUGGUGGCCGGCUACUUCCGAUGGAUAGCCCUGUUAGCUUCAUGAAUGCCAUCAUGCAGGCUAUCGGUGGUCAAGCUACACCAGGGUUCGGCGUCGUCACCCGCCCUGAUGGUAUCCAUGUUCACGUUGACCGUCGGGCGAUGCUGCCAAACCGGAUUCAAGACAUGUUUGGCUCUCUUGCUCGCUCCCACCAGCCGUCGGCUCGAAGCCGUGAUGAUCCUCACAAUGCCGUUAAGUUUUCUCUGUCUACAACUCGUAGCCGUUGGCAAGAAGAGGCACGCAUUAUGUUCAGCAGCACAUAUGUGGAGAAGACAACCCGUAUCAUCAACUCCUUGCUUAAGGUUCUGGUUCCUCCUGCCAUGGAAGAAGCCAAACAACGCCAGAAGCAGGCGGAGGAGGAUCAAAAGCGCUUCCGCGAAGAACAAGCAGAGAAGGAACGCCAGGCGCGUAUCGCUCAAGAAGAAGAAGAGCGCGAACGCAAGCGCAAAGAAGACGAGGAGAAUGCCAGGAUAGAGGCUGAAAGAGAACAGCAAGAAGCUGAGCGACGGGCAGCCGGAAUCUCUGAGCCUAUGGAGGAUAUUCAGCAGACUGAUGCACCUUCUGAAGGGACAGCUGCAUCUUCCGCUCAGCCUGAGCCAGAGCCCGCUGAACGAAUUUACACAAAUAUUCGGGGCCGCCAGCUUGAUAUCACCGACUUGUCGAUUGAUCCCGAAUACUUGGAGGCAUUGCCAGAGGAGCUUCGCGAAGAAGUUAUUAUGCAGCAGUAUGCCGAGCAAAGAUCUCAAGCCGCUGCCGCAGGCGAAGAGCCAACCGAGAUCGAGCAAGAGUUUCUGGAGGCUUUGCCUGCUGAAAUCCGGGACGAAUUAUUACAGCAGGAAGCCGCCGAUCGACGUCGACGAGAACGUGAGACUGCUCGUCGCCAAGCUCCUGUGAGUGCUGUUCCGGGCCAUGCUGAGGAUAUGGAUGCGGCAAGCUUCCUUGCCACACUCGAUCCCCAUCUGCGUCAAGCUGUCCUCGCCGAUCAACCAGAGGAGGUCCUGGCCACUCUGGGUCCCGAAUACCUGACUGAGGCACGAGCCCUUGGUCAUCGCCGAAUCGCCCAAUUUGGUGAUAUUGCCCCUGCAGGAGUGGACCAGCGCCGUCCCAGACAUGAGCCAGCUGAAGAUCAAGAAGAGCCGAAGAAAGCUCAACGGCGCCAAAUCGUCCAAAUGCUUGACAAGGCUGGCGUCGCCACUCUUCUACGAUUGAUGUUCAUGCCCCUUCAGGGUAAUGCCCGUCACCAGCUCAAUGAUAUCCUCCACAACGUUUGCGAGAACCGCCAGAACCGCGGCGAAGUCAUCAGUCUCCUUCUUUCUGUUCUGCAAGAUGGCAGCGUCGACUCCUCUGCAAUUGAGCGCAGCUUUUCCCAUUUGUCACUCCGCGCAAAGGCUCCCGGCUCGCAGAAGACACCCCAGGCUAUCAAACGGAACAUUUCUCUCCAGCCAUCAUCUAGCAUCAGCAAUGAUGUAACUCCGAUCAUGGUCGUUCAACAAUGUUUGGGCACAUUGUCUUUCCUUUCGCAGUUCAACCCCCACAUUGCUUGGUUCUUCUUGACUGAGCAUGACUCGGCUUCUACGCUUAAGCUAAAGGCGUUCCGCAAGGGUAAAGGCAAAGAAAACCGAGUCAACAAGUUUGCUCUGAAUUCCCUUCUUUCCCUGCUGGAUAGAAAGUUGAUUAUGGACAGCCCCAACUGCAUGGAGCAAUUAUCCAGUCUCUUGAGCAGCAUCACUCAGCCUCUCACUGUUCUCCUACGUCGCGAGAAGGAGAAACAGGACGAAGAAGGCAAGAACAAGGAUAAGGCCAAGAAACCGGAAGAGACCACCGCUGAACAGCCUACGGAGCAGCCUGUGGAAGAGUCUACCCAGGUUGCUGACUCUGGCGCGGACACCACUAUGACAGAUGCGCCAUUGCCAACUGUUGAGUCAGCCGAAGAUCAAGGUACAGAGGGCACUACCGAAGGUGACGGUACUUCCAAAAAGACUGGCAAGACUGGCAAGUCUGAAGAGAAGCGCAAGCGUAAAUCCAUUGAGCCUCCAGUUGUUCCUGAUCAUAACUUCCGCCUGGUCGUUCAUAUUCUUGCAGCUCGCGAGUGCAAUGGAAAAACUUUCCGUGACACUCUUUCCACCAUUAACAAUCUUUCCGCCAUCCCCGGUGCGCGGGAUGUUAUUGGCAACGAACUCGUUGGUCAGGCGCAGACUCUGAGCGACACGAUUCUUGGAGACUUGGAAGAACUUCUUCCUCAUAUCCACCAUUCCAAGACAGGUACAGACAUGCAAGGCUUGGCUUUGGCCAAAUUCUCCCCAGCCAGCUCUGACCAGGCGAAGUUGCUUCGUAUACUCACAGCUCUGGACUAUCUCUUCGAUCCUACUCGAGUUGACAAGUCUAAGGGAACUGAACCUGAGUCCGCCCCCAAGGAGGAUGUUCUCAAGAAUUUAUAUGAGAGUGCUACUUUCGGCCCUCUGUGGACCAAGUUGAGCGAAUGCCUAACUUUGAUUCGCCAAAAGGAGAACAUGCUUAACGUGGCUACCAUCCUUCUGCCGUUGAUCGAGGCAUUAAUGGUCGUUUGCAAGAAUACCACCCUCAAAGAUCAGUCAACAUCCCGCGGUACUCGCGAGCUGUCUGUCCAUAGCGCUUCCGCCGACGCUGGUCUCACCAUGGAGAACCUAUUCUUCAAGUUCACUGAAGAGCACCGCAAAAUCCUCAAUGAGCUUGUUCGUCAGAACCCGCGUCUGAUGAGCGGUACAUUUUCUUUGUUGGUGAAGAAUCCUAAGGUUCUAGAGUUUGACAACAAGCGCAACUACUUCACUCGCCGAGUGCACUCUCGUGGUGCUGAGCCUCGUCACCCUCAUCCACCUCUUCAACUCUCUGUACGCCGAGACCAAGUUUUCCUGGACUCCUUCAAAUCGCUAUAUUUCAAGAACGCCGAUGAGCUCAAAUAUGGUAAAUUGAACGUUCGCUUCCACGGUGAAGAAGGUGUUGAUGCCGGUGGAGUCACUCGAGAAUGGUUCCAAGUUCUUGCCCGUGGAAUGUUCAACCCUAACUACGCCCUCUUCAUUCCUGUCGCCGCUGAUCGGACUACCUUCCACCCUAACCGUCUCAGCGGUGUCAACUCUGAGCAUUUGAUGUUCUUCAAAUUCAUCGGCCGGAUUAUCGGUAAGGCUCUAUACGAAGGCCGUGUUCUGGACUGCCACUUCUCUCGUGCUGUUUACAAGAGCAUUCUUGGGCGAUCUGUAUCGAUCAAAGAUAUGGAGACGCUUGACCUUGACUACUACAAGUCUCUUAUAUGGAUGUUGGAGAAUGACAUUACAGACAUUAUUACCGAAAACUUCGCCAUUGAAACCGAUGCAUUUGGUGAGAAAGAGGUGAUCGACUUGAUUCCCGACGGUCGCAACAUUCCCGUCACUCAGGACAACAAGGAGGAAUACAUCCAACGGGUUGUUGAAUAUCGCCUGGUCGAGUCUGUUCGUGAGCAGCUUGAUAACUUCCUGAAAGGUUUCCAUGAGAUCAUUCCUCCAGAUCUGAUUUCUAUUUUCAACGAACAGGAAUUGGAACUUCUCAUUUCUGGUUUGCCUGAAAUUGAUCCCGAUGAGUGGAAAAAUCACACUGAGUAUCACAACUACUCUGCCUCGUCGCCACAGAUUCAGUGGUUCUGGCGUGCUGUCCGCUCGUUCGAUAAGGAAGAGCGUGCCAAGCUACUACAGUUCGUCACCGGUACUUCCAAGGUGCCUCUCAAUGGUUUCAAGGAACUGGAGGGUAUGAACGGCGUGAGCAAGUUCAACAUUCACCGUGACUAUGGCAACAAGGAUCGUUUGCCCAGUUCGCAUACAUGUUUCAACCAGCUUGAUCUUCCUGAAUAUGAAAGCUAUGAAGAUCUUCGUUAUCGCCUGUAUACCGCAGUGACAGCGGGUAGCGAAUACUUCGGAUUCGCAUAG